AUGAUGAACUCUCGCAGAGCUUUCGCCACUAAGUUAUCCAAAGAGUCAAAUGAAACGAUUCGCCAAAAGAUUGUCAAAAGUCUUCCCAAGUAUUUGGCAAACAGUCGUCCAAACAGUUCUUUGGGAUGUUUUUGCGAAGUGCCAUUGAAUGAAGUGAUAGAACCGAUCGAUUGGGAAGAGUUUAUUGUCUCCAAUCAGUCACUCAUUAUUAGCGAUCCGUUGAAAAAGUUUCUCUCGUUUCCUUCCGAUGACAUUGAAGUGAAUGUCUGUCAGCGACUCAUCCCUACCAUUAAGCCUAUAAUCCCUGACUUCGAUGAUGUCAGCGCUCAAGAAAACCCUCACAUCAAUCAAUGUCUUCAAUGCUAUACUUCUAAUUGGAUUGUUGUCCACAAAAAAUAUGAACACUUCGUUCAGUUUAGCGAGAGAUCUAUUGAAAGAUUGUCUCAAACGAAGACCAGUGCUCGGCAUGAAUACGAGGUCGACAUUGAAGUGAAUAAUAGCAGUGAAAAUGGUUUUUGUGACACAUCUCAGGACAGAACUCCUAUUCAAUGUUCGCAAUCGACAUCAUGUCGUACAUCGAGACCGCAAUCCAAUAUCAAUGAUUUGCCGCUCUAUUUGCGGCCACCGCUGGCCUCAGACGAGGACACGUCUGAGGGGUCGGCGACGCCCCCAUCGAACCGACACUCAAUUCUGAGUGAAUGUACGCCCACUUCGAGUACAUUGACGUCGAGGGACACGACUCCGCGCGGAAGUGUCUACGACUGUGCGAACUCGAGGUCUUCGCGCUCGAGUUGGCAUUUCAUUGAUUCGCCGCGAAAUUCAAAAAAUCUCGAGCGAACUAAUAGUCUUCACUCGAACUGCGGUCCGCGCGGCUCCAGAACCUCAUCCAUAUUCCACUUACGAAACUCACAAUCGGAUCCACUCAUUCCCAACCUCUUGGACGACAUUGGAAUCGACGAAAUCGAUCGCAUCAACGAAUUGCGGCGACACGAAGGAAGACAUGACUCAGUGUUCACUCUCUAUCCUCUACAAGAAGAAGACGAAUUAAUUGAAUUACGGCAACCAAUCCCUCCUCCGAGUGAACCCAAUCGACACCGAAUUGUGGUUAAGUGUCUGUCGAUGAAACUCGAGCUCGAAAUUGAGCCCAUCUUUGCCUGUAUUGCCUUAUAUGACGCCAAAGAGCGCAAAAAAUUGUCCGAAAAUUUCUACUUCGAUGUGAACUCCGAAGGACUAAAACGACUGCUUUCCAGUCAUAUUCAAUAUCAAGACGUGUCGACUCUGAGCCGGUCCUGUAUUUUCAAUAUAACCAAUCCGUCGAGUGAUAUGUUUUUAGUGAUAAAACUGGAAAAAGUACUUCAGGGAGACGUCAAUGAAUGCGCCGAACCCUAUAUGAAGGACGAGAAGAAUCGGGAAAAGUUGAAGACAAACGCAGCCCUUUGUUGCGAACGUUUGGGCAAAUAUCGGAUGCCUUUCGCGUGGACUGCGGUCUAUCUGUUGGAUGUGUUCAAUGGUAUCGGAACUAAUGAGACGACAAACGGCCAAAACGGUGGCGCAACCAAUGGUAGCGAAAACGGCGAAAACAAAGGCAGUUGUAAUAGUCUGGACAGCAUUAAGAAGCGAUGCAAUGAUUCCGGUUCUCUCAGUCGUAAGGGAUCUCUUGAGCGCAUUAAGAGUGAUAAGAGAAGCAGUCUUUCUGGCGAUGAGUUGUCCGAUGCCAUCAACAACUUCCACGCCGUCACCCUUACCAUCAACAGCUUCUUCAAACAAGACAACGACAGACUUACGGACGAAGACUUGUAUAAAUACUUGUUAGACCUGAAGCGCCCCACUUCUACACUUAAACGGCUUAAAUGCAUACCAGGAGUGCUUAAGAUAGACAUCUCUCCAUUUCCCGAAUCAUUUCCCAAAUAUUGCUUAACACCAGAAUUAGUGCGAAUACAUCCCUAUCCCGACGACAAGGGAAGGCCUAUCAAAGAGGUGUUGGAGUUUUCCUCGAAAGAAGUGUUUUCUCCCCAUUAUGUGUACCGAAAUAUUCUGUAUAUUUACCCGAAGAACGUGAACCUGACGAACAGACAGGGAUCCGCUCGUAAUAUUGCCGUCAAAAUGCAAGUGAUGAGCAAUGAAGACGACUACAGCUCUCUACCCAUUAUAUUCGGCAAAUCCAGUUGUCCUGAGUUCUCGUCCGAAGCGUUCACUUCAGUUAACUAUCACAACAAAUGUCCCAAUUUUAACGACGAAAUCAAAGUGAAAUUGCCCUCAAAAUUGACAGAACAGACGCACAUUCUCUUCACUUUUUAUCACAUUCACACAAAACCCAAACAAUUGGAUCAAACGACUAAUGAGAUACUCGGCUAUACAUGGGUUCCACUGUUCAGAGAGGGUAGACUUCAGACGGGGCCGUAUUGUUUGCCAGUGAUGAUGGACAAACCGCCGCCCAGUUAUUCAUUUCUGACGCCAUCCAUUCAAAUACCAAACACGCGAUGGGUUGACAAUCAUAAGGGAUUGUUCUCUGUUGUGGUCGAAGCCGUCUCAAGUGUUUACUCUCAAGACAUUAAUUUAGACAACUUUUUGCACUUAUCGACGGCCAUCGAUGAACAGAAUAUUCCGCAACGACUUUUGCCUAACAUUGAAAACGAAUUCAAAACAAGUAUUCUUUCGAUAUCGAGCGCUCAAAUCGAGCCUUUGGUUCAAUUCGUGCCAAUCGUGUUGAACCGAUUGAUCCGUCUGUUAGUCCGACCGCCGGUUAUUAAUGGCAAUCAAAUAUUAAACAUUUCUCAGUCUGUAUUUGAAUCGAUCGCUUCAAUUGUGUCGAAGAUUAACAAAACUUUGUACUCAGAAUACACUGACAUCCGAACGGGAAUACUGUCCACUUUUAUUCAUUAUCAGGUCAUAUUCCCGCCCCCGCAGGCCAUACCUCAUAGUCUUAUGAGCCAAACGAGUAUGGAUUCGGAUAUCGAUCACUCAUUUUUUCAUACAAACCCCUCAUAUCACGCCCGAAGUAAUAGCAAUCCUGAUGUGCCAAUCGGUACAACCAAUGAAACACCGUUUCCCGUAAUGAACAAAGGACUCGACAGAGCCAGUAGUGUUCGCUCUCCUCAGUCCAACUCCCAGUACUUAUCGGACAAAUCAAUUGCUUAUAACAAGAAGGGAAUGGUAACAAACCUCCAGAAGUUAUUCCACGAAGAGUUGGUUCUCCAGUGGUUGGUGUCGAGCGGCACGAGUAGAGACGUCGCCCUUUCAAACGCCGGUUUCUUCUUUGAUAUUAUAAUAAAGAGUAUUUGCGAACAUUUGGCCGUUUGUGGAGCCCUUCAAAGCCCUCGUAGGGAACGGUUUCCCAAACAAUUCACUGAUGAUAUCAUAUCAUUAGUGAAUUUGAUUAUAUCUGAUAUUAUCAAUCGAUUGAAUCGAGAGCUCAAAGAUUUAAAGCUCAUUCACUCGUUGAACAAUUCGAUCGCCUUUUUUAUACGAGACUUACUCUCACUUUUGGACAGACAUUAUGUCUUUAAUUUGAUACGAAUUUAUUACAAACACAUGUCAAACAAUAUUCAGUUCACAUCCGAGACGAGUACAAACUACUCAUUCCUCCUACGGCUCGACUUUAUGCGCAUAUUGAGCGGACACGAGCACUUCAUUUGCCUCAAUCUGCCCUUCGCUACCCCUAUCUUCCCGACGACUCCUUCGUCCGCAUCGCAGCCCAAAUCAUGGGAUCAGAGCUCACUCUUCUCCCCUCUCGACAGAACUCUAACCACACUUUUAGACCGAAUCACAACUUUUAGUGAACUCACCGACGAUUACCGACGCCAACACUUUUUGACUGGUAUUAUAUUUUGUUCGCUUUCAUUGGCGCUCGAAGUGAACAGCGCUUCCGUCCACUCGAAAGCUGUUAAUUUGGUUCGCGCUUUAAUGACAUCACAUGAUUGGGACCCUCGCUAUAGCGAACCGGAUGUCAAGUCUAGAAUAGCGUCUCUUUAUUUGCCAUUAAUCGCUAUAGUUUUGGACGCUUUGCCACAACUGUAUGACUGGAAAUCAGAGGAUGUGUUUAAAACUGAUUCGAGGUCUCCGUCGGUCUGUAAUACACUUAAAAGAAAUUCAGACGAAAAACGGCGUCCAAUAGUACUCAAUAGUAAUAGCGAUUUAGACGACUUGACUACCAGUCCAUUGAACAGUCCGCUCAACCAAUCGGUUGCGAUGGCUAUCGCCGGCUCCGGUGUCUUCACUCGUCCCGAAGAGGAGAGCUAUGAACCCAGACGUUGGCCACUAAGAGAAGACACGACAAAACACUUGUUGAUAUGUUUUCUGUGGGUUAUAAAGAAUGCCAACCAAACAGUACUCUAUCGUUAUCUCAAUGAAAUGCCUUUCCAUCGAAUCUAUCAAUUCCUAGAAGUGCUCAAAAUAUGUGUUUCAUGUUUUGAAUACAAAGGUCUGAAAGUAAUUAAAAAAGCGAGUCUUAUAUCGUUUAAAAAGCCAUUUGAUCUAAAGUCGAAACUCGAGGACGCGAUCCUCGGUCUGGGAAGCGCUCGAAGAGAACUCAUAUUAAGAAGACGUGAUAGAAAUCCUCCGCAGUCUUCGCAAAGCUUUUCCCAAUCAGAUUCUCUUCGAUGGCGUAAAGACUCGACACUCACUCGAUAUAACAGUAGCGCCAAUCAGAUGGAGAGAACCAAACAGGACUACGAGACCGAAGCCGCUCUGAGCGGCAAUCUUUGCGCUGAACUCAAUUUAGUCGUAUUGGACGCCAUCGAGAAAGUGACCAUAAUUUUAGCCCAACAUUCAGACUGUGAUAACGAACAGAAUUUGCUUCAAAGCAAAGAACUAUUGGGAAAUGUAUUGCAAAUUGUUUUGUACUCAUUAUCACUAAAUCAAAGCACAUUUGUAUUGCAAAACAUAUUCCCGACUCAGCGCUCGCUUACACUUAAAUUUCCUCAAAUCAUAUUUGAAGACGGAUUUGACGUUGAAUUCUGUGCCGAUCUGUGCCUUCAACUGCUCCGUCACUGCAGUUCAUCCAUAGGUCACGUGAGAGCACAGGCGGCCGCUUCGCUCUACACGUUAAUGCGGCAGAACUAUAGCUCAAAAGUACAGAACUUCGCCAAAAUCAAAAUGCAAGUAACGAUGUCUUUGAGUCAUUUGGUGGGAACGAGUAAGUCAUUCAAUGAGCCAUCGCUCAGACGCUCACUCAAGACAAUGUUGGUCUACGCCGUGAUUGACGCCGAUAUGCAAGAGUCCAACUUUCCAGAGCAGGUCCAGGAGUUGGUCUUCAAUUUGCAUAUGAUUUUGUCGGAUACCAUCAAAAUGAAGGAAUACAAAGAAGAUCCAGAAAUGCUUCUCGACUUAAUGUACAGAAUAGCGAAGGGAUACCAGAAUUCGCCGGAUCUGAGACUCACAUGGCUUCAGAAUAUGGCUCAGAAACACACCGAUAGAGGCAAUCACGCGGAGGCCGCCCACUGUUUUAUCCACUCGUGCGCUCUCGUCUGCGAAUAUCUUCAUCUGUUUGAGAACAAGCCUUAUAUACCCGUCAGUUGUAUAGCGUUUCAAAAGAUUUCGUCCAAUAUAUUGGAAGAGAGUUUGGUUUCAAACGAAGUUCCCGUCGAUAAUAAGGACGGACUCUUCACUGGGAAGUCGUUCAGUGAGAGCGGACUCGUGGCUCUCAUAGAACAGGCGGCCCUCUGUUUCAACAACGGAGGAAUGUAUGAAGCGGUGAAUGAGAUCUAUAAACUGCUGAUCCCUAUCGCCGAAGCGCAUCACGACUACAAGAAAUUGGCCGCAAUUCACGGCAAACUUCAAGAAGCGUUCGUUAAGAUUGAACAGCAAACCGGCAAAAGAGUGUUCGGCACUUACUUUAGAGUCGGUUUCUAUGGACCAAAGUUUGGAGAUCUGGACAGAGAAGAGUUCGUCUAUAAAGAACCGUUUCUCACAAAACUUCCCGAAAUAUCUCAUAGACUCGAAAACUUCUAUUCAGAACAGUUCGGCACUGAAUUUGUCGAAGUUGUCAAAGACGGAAAUCCUGUCGAUGUAAACAAAUUGAAUCCCGAAAAAGCUUACAUUCAGAUAACGUAUGUCGAGCCGUACUUUGAUUCGUGGGAACUCGACUCACGACAAACAAUAUUUGAAAAGAAUUAUAAUAUAAAGAGAUUUAUAUAUUCGACUCCAUUCACAAUGGAUGGCAGAGCGCACGGAGAUCUUCACGAACAAUACAAACGCAAGACUAUAUUAACGACUAUUAAUUCGUUUCCUUACGUCAAGACUAGAGUUCUGGUUCACGACAGACAACAGAUUGUUUUGACGCCCAUUGAAGUGGCCAUUGAGGACAUCCAGAAGAAGACAAUAGAGUUGGCGAGUGCCACAUAUCAGGAGCCAAUUGACUCCAAAAUUCUUCAAAUGGUACUCCAGGGCUGUGUGGGAACGACUGUAAAUCAGGGCCCCUUCGAAGUGGCCGCUGUCUUCCUAUCGGAGUCGAGCAAUCGGACGCCACAACAGAGACCGCCCUCUCCUCUGCAAAAUAAACUCAAGAAUUGUUUCAAAGACUUUUGCCGAAAAUGUGGAGACGCUUUACGAAAGAAUAGGGUUUUGAUUGGAAGCGAUCAAAAGGAAUAUCAGAAAGAAUUGGAGAGAAAUUAUUAUAAAUUUACAGAAAAAUUGGCGCCACUUAUCAGUACUAACGGACAGCAGGCUCUGCGGGCUCUACGGGAAACUUAUUGGAACAGUUCGGCUAACAUUGCCCUCAGAACUAAACCAAAUACUCUUUUAUGAUUUCGAUGCUCUUUCGUCGGGUAUUUGUAUAUACUUUUCAUUUUCAAUAUUUAUUUAUUUAUUUUCAAAACCAAUCGUGUAUUUCUUAUAAUGAAUUUCUUACGCGACAAUAACUAUACAACUCUUUAAACCAAAAUACAAAAUAAUGCCUC